AUAUAAGUCUUCUUAAGCUCCUUUUACAAUGUAUCUUGUAUUUACUCGAAUAUUUCUAAUGGAUUCCGUUUCUUGCAAAUGGCUUUUACUUUCAUUUUUUUGCCUUUCUUGGGCAAAUUCUGCUUCGUGCGCAGUCGAUGGAGUGUAUGGUGGGAAAGUAAGAGGCGUGAACUUGGGUAAUUGGUUGGUUGUUGAAGGAUGGAUGAAACCUUCACUAUUUGAUGGAAUUCCCAAUGGAGAUAUGCUUGACGGAGCAAAGGUUCAUUUCAGAUCUCUGAGAUCAAAUAAGUAUGUAUGUGCAGAGGAGGGAGGGGAUUCCGGCGCUGUCACCGUAAACAGGGAAAAAGCUAGUGGCUGGGAAACCUUCAGAUUAUGGAGGAUAUCUCAAUCGGAAUAUCAGCUUCGUUCUUUUAAAGGACAGUUUCUAUCCUGUGCUGGACAAUGGGCCUCUAUCACCACAACAUCAGGAUCGCCGUCUUGGAAAGAAACAUUUACUAUUGAAAGAUCUAGCAAUGAUCGAGUUCGAAUUAAACAUUCUAGCGGUAGAUAUCUACAGGCAUCCUCUGAAAAUGAGCUAAAAGCAAACUAUGUUGGGACACCGGACUUUGAUGAUGGUAAUGCAGCCAUAUUUGUAAUGACUUUUGAUGGUGGCCCUUUGAAAGGGGAGUACCAGCUCUGCAAUGGGCAUGGACCCCAGAAAGCAAAACAAGUGCUCACCGAACAUAGGAACAACUACAUCACACGAGAAGACUUUCGUUUUAUUAGCAAACAUGGUAUAAACACCGUUAGGAUUCCUGUUGGGUGGUGGAUUACCAAAGAUCCCUAUCCACCAGCUCCAUAUGUUGGUGGAGGCUUGGCAGCUCUAGACAAUGCAUUCCGAUGGGCACAUGAGCUCGGCUUAAAAUGCAUAAUUGACCUUCACGCAGCUCCUGGUUCCCAAAAUGGAAUGGAUCACAGUUCUAGUCGUGAUGGUUCUAUUGACUGGCUGAUAUCAGAUAAUAUCCAGCGAAGCCUUGAAGCAAUAGAAUUCCUAGCUUCCAGGUACGGAUAUCAUCCUGCUCUGUUGGGGAUUGAGCUUUUGAAUGAACCACAUUCUCCUGAAGUUCCUUUGGAUAAGUUACUGAAGUACUACAGAGACGGAUAUGACAUUGUGAGAAAACAUUCACCAGCUUAUGUAAUAAUGAGUCAGGUGAUUGGCCCUGGAGACCCAGCUGACAUUUAUAAGGCCAACACUGGUAAAUCAAAAGUAGUAUUGGACUUGCACUACUAUAAUCUCUAUGACAGUUACUUCGAAAAUAUAAGCACACAGGAGAAUAUCGAUUUCUUAUAUAGAAAUAGGAAGUCUCAAAUGGAUUCUCUAAACGCUGCUGAUGGACCGUUGGUGUUUAUUGGGGAGUGGGUGAACGAAUUUGGCAAAGGCGGGUCUACAGAGGAUUACCGAAACUUCGGAAGAGCACAGUUAGAUGUGUAUGGUUCAGCUUCUUUUGGAUGGGCAUAUUGGUCAUUCAAGAAUGUGAAUAAUCAUUGGUCUUUCCAGUGGAACAUCAACCAGAAUUACCUGCGGUUAUAGGUGCAAAUUUUUGUGAUCAUACUAGCUGGUUUGAUGUCUGGCAAUGUUCGAUCGGCUUUUAUAUUAGUGGUACCCUGAUCCUUAACUUUUAUGCUUUGAAUUACCUGAAGCAGGUAACUUCACAAAGUAAGCAAAUACGAAGCUCCGGUUGCUCUGAUUGACGUGUAAUCACAUAAGUGUAUGAUCCUGACUUGGGACAGUACUAAUGAAUAAGAAUAAAUAAACUCUACCUUGUUAUCAGAUCCCUUUUAAGAAUUUUGCUUCCAUGUACUAGUAAUAAUUGAAUAAUGUAAGUACUGAAGGUGUACUUAGAACAGUUUAUAGAUCUGAGAUUAUUAUGCUCUUUUACUCCA